UUGUUCAGGAUUUAUGAUAUCCCCCAUCAGUAAAUCUUCAUCUGUCUGUUGCAGAAAUGUACGCUUCGAGGAAAAUCAGAGAGGAAAUGGCUCCAUUUCCACAACAACCAAGAUCAGAACCCAAGAUUUUACCAAGGGAACCCAGCGUCACCAGAACAACAUCUUUACACAAACCCUUGUCCGUCCAAAACUUGACACAUAUUGAAGCCCCCUGGGAGAAUGUCACCCUCAACCGCUGUCUGUUUGUGGUCAUUUCCAUCCUGGUGCUCACCUCUGGCUUUCAUAGGCUUCAUGAAACUCUACGUGGUAAGAGGACAGCAGAGGAGGAAGAGGAAGAAGUUGGUGUGAUAGUGAGACGUUCAGGCUCAUUACGACAUAGAGGACAGCCACCCGAGCCCGAGACAACUCUUUGGGAAGUCAUGUUUUGGUGGCUGCCAGACCUAGACGAUGAAGAGGAUGAGGAGGAAGAUGAAGACGAUGAUGGACUUGUCAAAAAAGGAAAGUCAAAGAAAGGAACAUCAAGAGGUCUUAGAAACAAGCCACUGCCAGACAAAAAACUCAUGAAGCCAAAAGAAGGGAAAUUAAAGGACAGGAGAGCUAAGAAAGACAGGGUCGAAGAAAUAAAAGAUAUGAAGACAAUAGAUGAAAAGGAGGAACCUGAAAAAACAGCAGAUGAGGAAGAUGAGGAGGAAGAAAAUGAGGAGGUAAAGGCUGAGAAGACUAAAAAGCUGCAGGAAAAGAAGAAAAAGACUCAAAAAGGAUGAGUUCAUUUUCUACUCUUCCAAUUUCCUCUUUUAAAUAUGCUUCUACUUACUCAUAAGUAUUGCUUCCAGAUAAAUGACUUCAAUGUCAAUAUGGUAGAUUUUGGCUGCUUUGCUAGACAGAUGUGAUUUUGUGUAGUGACAUUUUUGUUUUAUUCAAAUUUCUGACUGCUUUAUUUAAACCUGUGAUCGUUUUGAGGCCUUUAGAGGUGAAAAAUCUACAUCUUUAUUAAAUUGCUUAUCAAUCGCACCAGCUCAGUUUACUGUCAAUACAAUUAAAAUAAAAGUUUACCCAC